GAUUUUAUUCAUCAUGCUCAACUAAAUAUUUCAACUUUGAGACUAAAGAAACAAUAGUAUACCAUCAGAAACAUAUCAGAUCAGUAAUUGAUGACAUAUCCAUUGUUCUUAAUAACUUCAGUACAUUAAAAUUUCUAUUUUGAAAAUUAUCCAUGCUCUACAUUAUCUGCUUGGUUUUAACUAUAAGCAAAAAGAACUGUUAAGGUAAAGCUCAACAUAUCAAUAAUUUUUUAAGAAAUUUGGUUUACAUGUAUCAAUGAGAUGAUGGCAAAUGCAGACAUUAAUGGUGAUGGUAUUACAGAGGUGUUUCAAAAUAGUGAAAAAGAGCAGUUAAUAGCAUUUAAAAGUUUUCUCUAUGAUGAUUUGUGUGAGUAUAAAGCAGAGGCUGAUGAUCUCAGUAAGUAUGAUGAUUUUCACACAAUCGAUUGGUCAAGAGAUCGCAUGAGAGAUAGAAUGCGAUUACGCAAAGUUUCAAAACUAAAGAAUGAAGGAAAUACUUUGAACAAAGUUAAGGGUUUCUAUGAUGCAUUAUCUGGAUGGUUAAUAGUAUUCAUUGUUGGUGUAACAACAGGUUUAUUUGGAAGCAUUAUUGUGAUUACAUCUGAAUGGGUGACAGAUUUGAAGGAAGGCGUAUGUAAAAGCCAAAUUUUAUUUAACAAACAAACUUGCUGUUGGAAUGCUGAAGUUGGUAAAUUAUCUAUUGACGGUUGUAAAGAAUGGCUGCCUUGGUCUGAUAUAUUUAAAUUGAAUACUUUUUCGCAGCGUGAAUCCUAUAUAUUCAAUUUUUUUUGUUAUGUAUUUUCUGCACUUUUGUUUUCUGGCAUUUCUGUUUCUCUCGUACGAUUUUUUGCUCCCUAUGCAAGUGGUUCAGGCAUAGCUGAGGUAAAAACAAUUUUGGGAGGAUUUGUGAUCAAGGGAUUUUUAGGGUGGUGGACACUUUUAAUAAAGAGUGUGGCAUUAAUUUUUUCAGUUUCCACUGGAUUGAAAUUAGGAAUGGAAGGUCCAAUGGUGCACAUUGGUGCAUGUGUUGGAAAUGUCAUUGUAAGGUUAUUCCCAAAAUAUCAUGGAAAUGAAGCUAAGCGAAGAGAGGUUUUGUCUGCAGCUGCAGCAUCUGGUGUAUCUGUAGCUUUUGGUGCACCUAUUGGUGGAGUACUAUUUAGCUUAGAAGAGAUCAGUUAUUAUUUUUCGAUGAAAAUCUUGUGGCGUACAUUUUUAUGCUCAAUGAUGGCGGCAUUGACAAUAUGGUAUCUAAAUCCAUAUGGAAAUGGUCAUCUUGUAAUUUAUAGUAUUGACUACAAUAUUCCAUGGAACUUAUUUGAGAUAAUACCUUUUAUUCUGCUUGGAAUCUAUGGUGGAUGUUUUGGUGCUUUUUUUAUUAAAUGUAACAUUUUUUGGUGCAGAAUGAGAAAAACUAAAAAGUUUGGAAAUUAUCCCAUGACUGAGGUGUUUGUUUUGACCAUCUUUACUGCAUUAAUUUCUUAUCCAAAUGAAUUUACAAGAAUGUCUAUGUCACAACUUAUAUAUAUGCUCUUUCAAAAUUGCAGCCCAGAUGAUACAAGCAUUCUCUGUGAUUACAGUUAUGUACUUAAUCGCAAUCAAACUAUUAAUAAUGGGUUUUAUCCACAUAGAACAUUGGGUCCUGGUGUUUACGAGUCUAUAUGGAAGCUGGUUGUUGCUACUCUUGUAAUUUCUAUAAUGACAGUUUUAACAUUUGGUGUUAAGCUACCUGCUGGUUUGUUUGUUCCAAGUCUAGCUGCUGGAGCAUGUGCAGGGCGUGUUUUGGGUAUUGGAAUAGAAGCUCUUGUAGAAUCAUAUCCAACAUUCUUUCUAUGGUCAAGUGCUUGUUCAAAAUCAAAAACCCAUUGCAUUUUACCAGGUUUGUAUGCAAUGGCAGGUGCUGCUGCAGCUCUUGGUGGUGUGACAAGAAUGACAGUGACAUUGGUUGUAAUAAUGUUCGAAGUUACGGGAGGUUUAACAUAUGUUGCUCCUAUUAUGAUUGUUGUAAUAACAUGUAAAUGGGUUGGAGAGGCUCUUGCUGCUGACUCUGUUUAUAUUGAACACAUUCGCUUAAAAGGUUUUCCAUACUUAAAUACAAAAGAAGAGUAUGAUGAAGCUUUUCUGGCAUCUGAUAUCAUGCAACCAAGCCGGUAUGGUGAACCAAUGAAAUGCAUUUUAAAAAAUGGAUCUACUGUCAAAGAUAUAGAAACGUUGCUGGUUGAAACAAAGUUUAACGGUUUUCCUGUUAUUGUUGACAAUGAAUCCUAUAGACUGUCAGGUUUUGUCACAAGAAGAGAUUUGAAAGUUGCACUUCACUAUGGCAAGUUGCGCAAUAAAAACUGUGAUUCUUCUUCAGUGAUUUAUUUUUCGAAACGUUUUCCGUCAAAUGAAAUUUCACAAGAUGUUUCGACUCUAAGUUUCCGACAUAUCCUAGAUUUAAGUCCAUUUACUGUAACAGACUCGACGCCCGUCGUAAUAGUUAUAGAUAUGUUUCAAAAACUUGGUCUGCGUCAAGUGCUAGUCACUCACGGAGGGAAACUACUUGGUAUAAUUACGAAGAAAGAUGUGUUAAGACAUAUCGCUCAAGUGAAACAUUUUGAUCCCGGACACAUUCUUUACGAUUAAAAUUAUUCUUAGCUCAAAUUUGAAACAUUUGAAAAAAACUUUUAAAUUAA